UAGCAAGGUAUUUUUUCAAUAUUAAAAGGAAAUUCUUUCCUUUUGAAAACAAUAAUGCAAAUUGUUAAAGGACUUGUACCUUACAAUGUAACUAGAAAAUGCUCUUGACUUCGUUUGUCCGGAAGAAGACUCUAUAUUAGCAUUUGAUGCACUUGUAUGUAAAAGCGUCACUCAUACGCCAUCUCUUAAACAGGGCAAGAACAUGAAAGAACAACCGGGCGUGUCGUAUCUUUAUUUACAUGUCAAGUAUUAAAUAUCUAUGGUCACUCGUUCAUCUUUAAGUUAUUUUACUUGUACUUCCAUGUUAAAUGUUUUUUUUUACUUAAUCAAUCACCUCUGUUAUGUUAACGCAAGUGAACACUACACAGUUAUGAUUUUACAACAUGUGAAAGCGCGCUGCCCUGUUUAUCCCAGAACGCAAAUAAAGAAGUUCACAGUUCCUGAUGAUAAAGUACUCUGGACCGUUGAAUAUAAGGAAUACAAACCUCGAUUUUACACAGCGCCGUCAGUUUAUGGCAAACCAUGGGCAGAUCCCGACAUUGAUGACCUUAAAUUCAAGCCAACAUGGAAUAGUAUUGAUGGAAAUGUGAAUAGAAAGAGUUACGUAGGCAACUACAGCAUAAAAAAUGGUUUCCCAAUGAACCCUGUAGGUAGAACUGGAAUAUAUGGCCGAGGAUUACUCGGGCGAUGGGGUCCAAAUCAUGCAGCAGAUCCUGUUGUUACACGCUGGAAAAAACAAGCUGAUGGUGAAAAUGCUAUAGACGAAAUUACUAAAAAACCAAUUCUACAGUUUGUAGCAAUAAAACGAGGUGAUACUGGAGAAUGGGCCUUACCAGGUGGUAUGGUUGACCCCGGGGAGAAAGUCGGAGUCACAGCUGUCAGGGAAUUUCAAGAGGAAGCUAUGAACUCUUUAAGUGCUACUGAUGAAGAAAAAUCUCAGUGGAAUCAACAAUUAAAAUACUUCUUCAGUAAAGGAGUGGAAGUCUACAGUGGAUAUGUUGAUGACCCUCGGAACACAGAUAAUGCUUGGUUGGAAACUGUUGCAUACAACUUUCAUGAUCAUGAUGGAUCUACUGUUGGUGGUCUCAAACUGAAUGCUGGUGAUGAUGCAGUUGGAGUCUGUUGGGUUGAUAUUACUCCGAACAUCGAAUUAUAUGCAAGCCACAAAGAUAUUGUUUCAGAAGUCUAUAAAAGAUUACUUAAAUAAUUUUUUUUAUAGUUGCGAUUUGCAUUUUAAGUAAAUAAGAUGAUGAAUCACCAGAGAAGUGUGAAAAAAAUCAUGUAAAGGAAGAUCUGCAGAAAUAAUAAAUACAAUUGAAUUA